GCAGCAGAGAAACCUAAAAGUGACUUUGCAGACAGUAGGAUAUCAGUCAGGAGAUUCACUACACACAAAACAGUAGCCUAUGUCUUUUGAUUUAAAGCACUGGUGUAGACUACAGCCUAUUUAUCAUGGAGAUGCUCUAGUCAAAACAUGAAACAGAAAACAACGUGUCUAAAUCACAUAACUUCUGUAUACCUGUUAAGCUUUCUUAACUUAAUUCAUAAGACAAUAUGAGGAACAUAUUAGCCUAAGCAUUUCUGGGGACAUCCGCUUCAGAAAUUUGCAUUGCGCAACUAGAUAGUGUGUCAGAGUGUGAAAAAAGACAAAAAAAAGUCUGGGUGGGAGGAGAAACUAGGAACCAGUCAUGCAGGUCAUAGGAACACAAUACAAAGAGGGUGUGAACUUCUGGAAGCCAAGUAGAGAUGAGGGAGGGUGUGUCCCCAUUGAUGACCGGUAGAUGUUUGUAUAUGUGUGUGUGUGUGUGUGUGUGUGUGUGUGUGUGUGUGGAGGCUAUUUGCUUCAGCAGGCGGGGACCCAGCAAAGGGUUGGACCUGUUUGGAUGGAGGCUUUAUAAGAGGAGGGUGGAAGAGCAUCUCAAAUUGUGCUCCGGCAAAAAACACUUAUAGCCACAUACCCUCUCAGUUUAGGAAUACACCAGCCAAGGCAGAGCAGAGAAGAUGGGCAGGCAUCAGUACUACCUGGAAAAGCUGUCUCGCACCUUCCAUAUCCGCAACAAACUUCUGCGCCAGGCCCUGGCUGAAUGUCUCGGCACCCUCAUUCUGGUGAUGUUUGGCUGCGGCGCCGUGGCACAGCUGGUACUUAGCGGUGGCACACACGGCAUGUUCCUCACCGUCAACUUCGCCUUUGGCUUCGCCGCCAUGCUAGGAAUAUUGGUGUGUGGCCAGGUAUCAGGUGGGCAUCUCAACCCAGCUGUGACAUUUGCUCUUUGCCUCCUGGGUCGAGAGCAAUGGAGGAAGUUUCCUGUCUACUUCCUCUUCCAGACCAUUGGUGCCUUCCUGGGUGCCGCUAUAAUCUUUGGUCUCUACUUUGAUGCCCUGUGGGACUAUGCUGGAAAGGUGCCAGAUGAGCUGCUUGUUGUGGGUGACAAAGCCACGGCUGGAAUAUUUGCUACAUACCCUGGCAAACACCUUACCAUUGUAAAUGGUUUCUUUGACCAGACCAUUGGCACAGCAGCUCUGAUUGUAUGCAUCCUGGCCAUCGUGGACCCUCACAAUAACCCCAUCCCCCAGGGCCUGGAGGCCUUCACCGUGGGCUUCGUCGUCCUGGUCAUCGGCCUCUCCAUGGGUUUUAACUCCGGCUAUGCCGUCAACCCGGCACGUGACCUGGGACCGCGCCUCUUCACUGCCAUAGCCGGCUGGGGCCCGGAGGUGUUCACGGCCGGACGAUGUUGGUUCCUGGUGCCGGUAUUUGCCCCUUUCCUUGGCACCAUCGUUGGGGUGAUGGUGUACCAGCUGAUGGUGGGCUUCCAUAUGGAAGGGGAGGCGCGUGAUAAAGCGAAUGAUAAUGCUUCCAUCGAGGAGUCAGUGAAACUGAACGAUGUCACCACCAAGGACAGCAAAGACGGCACACACGCAUGAGACAUGAGUCAACCCUCCAUCUCCACCAUGCAGCAGUUAGUCGUCUCAAAGACACGGGGGUCUCUCCCGGUUUGAUGAGCCAGAGGUGGGAAGGUUCAGGUUCAGAAAGUGAAAAUAUUGUGAAAGUAUAUGUAAAGAGCCAGAUGACAUCCCCCUUUAGUUCUACCUCCUGGUCUUACAGUGCUCCUUAGCAUGUCCAUAGGGCAUGGCUUUUUUAGCAGAAACAAACUCUCUGAACCUGAAGCUUUCGCCUAUCGAUCAUUUUUGUGUUGUUAUUGAACAGCAUCACAAAGCAGCUCUUUAAUGGUCCUAAGUCUUUUCACGUCACUGUUUCUACUAUAGUGUUUAUAAGGGCUUGUUUGAGGGGAAAAGCAAGAACUGCAUUUUGUCUUCAUCAUGUCUGAAUAAUUUGUAUUUACUGCCAAUU